UGAAAAAUCAAAAUCAAAAUGGAAGAGGAAGGCUACCCAGAGGGCCGGCCAGGCCACACAUUCCACCAUCACCCAUCAAUCAAUCCAUCAUAAUAACCAUAAUAAUAAAACCGGAACUCUUCACGGCGCCUCAUCCUCCGUCACCGUUGCCGCCGCUUCUCCUCUUCUGCUGCCGCUGCCUCCGGCUGCACCCUCUUCAUUAAACCUAGUCUCAUUGCAGUUGCAUAAUUUCUAGUGUUUUGCUGCAAUAAAUAAAAUUAGAUUUACCGGUGAAGAACAAACAUGCUUCCUUCAACAACCAUGAACAUUCUUAAAAUUCAUGGUUGUUAUCGUCCCCAACCGAAAGUUUCUCAAUAUUCUCAUAACUCCAGACUCUGCAAUGCCUCAUCAGCCUCAAUACUUUCUCACCCCCAAUUUCCCAUUUCUAAAACCGAUUCAAAGCUAAAAAGGAUUCGGGUUUCGGAAAUUGGAGCUCCGUUAUGGACAUGGAAAGACGAUGAAGAAGAAAACACGCGUUCUUCUGAUGACUUGACGAUGAACGGAGAUGUUUAUCAGAAGACGUUGAGGUUGGUUGAAUGUUCUAUGUUUGCUGCUCUUGGUGGAUUAACAUAUAUUUUAAGCAGCUCUCUUGCGAUUGAGAACUACUUUGGUUGUUUCUUUGCCUUGCCCAUAGUGUUCUCGUCAAUGAGAUGGGAUAUUGUUGCUGGCCGAAAGACUAUGGUGGCAACCGCUACGCUUUUGCUUGUCUUGGCUGGCCCGAUAAAAGCCAUAACUUACCUGCUAAUGCAUGGUUUUCUUGGUCUUGCCAUGGGCUCUUUGUGGAGGUCAAAAGCAAGUUGGGGUGUUUCUGUGCUUGUGAGCGCACUUGUUCGAGCCGCAGGUGCAAUGUGCUAUGUUGUGAUGUACUCAUUUUUAAUCAGAGAGAACAUCCUUGCUUUGAUUACCAUAAACAUUCAUGCCUCAGUCACAUUUAUCCUAUCAUCCUUUGGCUUCUUGGUAAUUCCAUCCAUGAAUAUAAUAUACGCCAUUUUUGGGACAGUGCUUUUACUUAAUUGCAGUUUCUUUGUGUUCCUGCUACAUCUUCUGUAUGCCCUCUUCUUUACAAGGCUUGGAAUGAAGGCUUCCUUGAGAUUACCGAAAUGGUUCGCUAAAGCCAUUUGACCGAUUACACACCCGACAUUGGUUUUCAUUCAAUUUUUAUCUGUACUUGAGUGAAGACCCAGAACCAGAACCAAAUCAUCGAGUUUAAGAGCCAACUCAUCGGUUUUUGGGGAAGUAUAGGUUACAUUAUGUAGUUAUAAAAGAAGAUUCAUUUAGAGGUGUCAACAUGGGUUAGUUGGAUAACGGGUCAAAACAGUUUCAGGUUGAAACAACUCAAUCAUUUGUAAUUGAAUUCUUUAAAUGAUCUGAUCUAAUCUUAAACAAUAAAUUUCAGAUGGUAUUUGGUUGUA